GAUGCAUCAUUGAUAGCAACAUGGCGGAGAUUAUUGAAAGUGAAUCAGCUGAGACACUAUUAUCUAUGAAAAAUGGAGGAUAUCCAGCGGUUGAUGAAAUUAAAACUGAAAUAAUUGAUGAUGAUACAAUGGAUAUGGAUGAACAACAUAUUUCAAAUAAUUCAACAGAUUCACAUAUGGAUACAGAAGAAUCUGAUCCAAUUCCUGAGCUUGGUCCUGCAGCUUUAGGGCUACAAAGAGUAGGUGCUCAACCACCACCAAAACCAAAUCCUCCUAGCCAACCUGUUCAAGUUUUAAAUCGGAGAGGAAUGCCAGCAAGAAUCAGAAAGAAAAAUAAAUUAUUUUAUGAUGAUAUAUUAGUUAAUCAUCCUCAUCAUAGGAUCAAAAAAGAUCCAUCACAUCCAGAUGCAAAACAAUCUCCUAAAAAAGUACCUAGACCAUCUCCUGCAAAAAAGCAAAAUAGAAUAACUAAUGAGCCAAGAAAAAAUAAUAUGUUAAGUCAACCUUUAUCAUCUUCAAUGACUCCAAUUAAACAAGAGAAAGAACCUGAUAAACCAAUGCAACCAUCAUCACCGGAUCGUAAAAUUGGACAAAAGAUUGGUAUGAGAUUAAGAAAUUUAUUGAAAUUACCAAAAGCACACAAGUGGGUUUGUUACGAGUGGUUUUAUAGUAACAUUGAUAAGACCCUUUUUGAAGGUGAUAAUGAUUUUAUGAUUUGCUUGAAAGAAUCGUUUCCACAAUUAAAAACUCGGAAAUUAACACGUGUUGAGUGGUGCAAAAUAAGAAGAAUGAUGGGUAAACCACGAAGGUGUUCACAAUCAUUUUUUGAGGAAGAAAGACGAGAAUUAGAAAGAAAAAGACAAAAAAUUCGAAUGCUACAGCAAAGAAAAACUGCAGAUAUUAAUAGUUUCAAGGAUUUACCACCAGAAAUACCAUUACAAUUGGUAAUAGGUACCAAAGUUACAGCAAGACUGAGAAAACCACAAGAUGGAUUAUUUACUGGAAGUAUUGAUGCUGUGGAUACUAGUAAUAACACUUAUAGAAUUACAUUUGAACGCGCCGGACUUGGAACACAUAGUGUCCCAGAUUAUGAAGUAUUGUCAAAUGAACCACCAGAAACAAUAAGUGUUGCCUCAUUUGCACAAAAGUUUAGACCACGACAUGUACAAUAUGUACCAUCUCCACCAUAUGCAAUGAAAUUAAUGUCUCCGCGGCUAAACAGCGAUCCUUUAAUAUCUAACGCUUCUGUAUCUUUACCAAAGAAAUCUCAUAUCGGUGGAACAAUGAAUGGUUAUCCCAUAAAAUUGCUAGAAUUCAUGGUUAAAGUAACUAAAAUAUUAGCCGCUAAAAAAGUUAAAAUAAAAAAAUUGAAAGAGAUGAACAGUGAGGCAGAAAAAAGACGAUCAUUCGGGGAACCACUUCCACCGGAUUUUGAAAGAAGAUAUGCAGGGAUUGUAGUUGAACUAGACAAAAUGAAUACUGCUCUUCAAGAUUUUCUUAAUGACGUUCAGGAACUGUGUCAAGAAAUGGCUCCUGAACCUAGUGUAGCAGCCAUGUUAGCUCCUUCACAUCUUCGUGAAAAAUGUAGGCAGGAAGCAGCAGAUAUUGUUUCAAGAAAUAAUAUCAUCAAUGAUAAGGAACCUGGUAAAAUGACUCAGUUAGUAACAGAUUUAACAGCUCUAAUGCUUCAAGUAAAGAGUUUAUCUGAUUCGGAUCGCAACGCAUAUGAAUUGAAAGUAUUACAAGGUACUAUGGAACAAAUACGUUCGAAAUUAAGUCCUCAAAAUCAACAAGUUUUUCAAAAUUGUGUCGAAAUACACAUGCAACAUAUACAAUUAGGUCUUGGGCAAAGAGGUGCUUUAACACCAUUUAUGGCUCAAUGGGCUUAG